CCAGCCCUAUGGCUAUAUGUAUUGACCGAUGGUAUCCACAAAAGUUGUGAGCCCCUCCGAGGCGAUGAUAUAAUCGGAGAUAACAUCGGAGAAGUAGUGGCGCAGCAAUGUAGCGAUGACAGAGUAGAACAAUGGUUCUCUACGUUGAACGUAGCAGCAUUAUGGUAUAAAUACCCACUGCCAGCACCGGUGCUCUAAAUGCUUAAAAUCAACAGACAUAGGUGUAUCAUUUGAACAUCUACUACUCCAAACAGCUACAUCUGUCUUCAUACCCUGACCCAGAAUUUACUUUCACAGUACAACCUACUAUUUCCUCAAACACAACAAUGGCCUCCCAAGACACCGUCCUCCAAACCAACGCCCAAUUAGCCCGGGACUACAUCCUCUCCCAGCCCAGCGAUGCCCUAAACAACAACCCCUGGGCCGUGUACCAAGCCCUCGACCUCUUCAGCCGCACCGCACGCCUCAUGAACUUCAAGCAAGCCAAGCUCAACGUAGCCAAAGAAGCCCUAACAUCCAUGGAGUACCCACCCAAAGUUGUCAUCGAAUUUGGCACCUACAUCGGGUGCUCCGCCGUCGCAUGGGCUGCCAUUCUCCGCGACCUGCACGGUCCCUCCACCGAGGGGCUGCACGUCUACACCUUCGAGCUCAGCGAGGAGGUGGCGAGCGUAGCGAGGGACAUAAUCCGCGUGGCAGGCGUUGAGGACAUUGUGCAUGUGAUGGUGGGGCCUGCGUCGGAGUCAUUGGCGAAGCUGGUUGAGGAGGGCAAGAUUGUGAAGGGAGGCGUCGAUAUGGCUUUCUUUGAUCACUGGGAGAAGUUCUACCUAAGUGAUUUGAAGCUGUGUGAGGAUUUGGGCCUCUUUAGAGUCGGAUCGAGUGUUAUUGCUGAUAACACGGAUUUUCCGGGAGCGCCGGAUUAUUUGGAGUAUUUGAGAGCUGGGGGACGAGGUGGGGAGGGAUCCGUGAAGUAUGUGACGAAGUCGGUGCCGUCGGAGCAUAUUGUUGAGAACAGACCGAAUAUGGUGGAGGUCUCUACUGUUGUGGCGGCUCCUUGAGGGGGUAUGAGUCUGGGUUUGAGAGGGAAUGAGAUACUGGUUAUUAUGAUAAUGAACGUUAAG